UUGGGCUGCUCCUUUUAAAUCCGCUAAGUGAUCCAGCAGAGCCUAGUAGACAGCCUCAGGCCCCCAGGCAGAGGAUUCUUCAUCAGUCCUCUGGGUGACUUAGAGGCCUGUGUUCCCUGCCUGCUGCCUGCCUGCUUGCCUGCCUGCCUGGCGCAUCUCCUGGCACAUAAAAAAUAAAACGGACACCUGCAGACUGACAGAAGAGACUGGAAUCUGAGCUAACUGGACCAGAGGUCAUCAUCACCACUAGUCUACCUUACACCUGUUGCGGUCUUGUAUUGUCUACACUCCGCACCAGCGUCAGCCCUGCCUGAAACCACCCAGAGGCCAGCACACCUUGGCCCAGGAGGCAGUAGCCAUGUUGAGUCCGGGGGAGAGUCUAUCAUCAGAGGGCAGCAGCCCAUUGUUUCCGUCCCGCCUAGGUCUGCCCGAGAGCCCCCUGGGAGACAGGACCGGUGCCGAGGCUGGGAUGGCUUGGGAGAUGGAGGACACCAAGCCCUGCAUGGAGGCUCUUGAGCAUCGCGGCCUUCCAGGCCUCCAUCAGUCCUGCUUUGACAUGCUCUUCACCGAGGACUCCACCUGGCUGGUGAAGGUGACUGAGGCCUCCUCGGGUCAGGCUUGUCCCGUGCCUCUCCCAAUAACCAGGACGGAGCCCCGUGAGGAGCCAGAGCAGUGCCCCGUCAUUGACAGCCAGGCCCUGGGGCUCUCCCCGGGGCUGGAGGGCCAGGAGGGCCAGGAGGGCCAGGAGGAGGAGCGCUCCCUGGAGCAGGUCCAAAGCAUGGUGGUCGGGGAGGUGCUGAAGGACAUCGAGACGGCCUGCAAGCUGCUCAACAUAAUCCCAGACCCCAUAGAGUGGAGCUCGGGGAAUGUCCAGAAGUGGUUGCUAUGGACAGAGCACCUGUACAGACUGCCUCAGGCCGGCAAGGCCUUCCAGGAGCUCACUGGGAAAGACCUGUGUGCCAUGAGUGAAGAGGACUUCAGGCAGAGGUCUCCUCAGUGUGGAGACACCCUGCACGCCCACCUGGACAUCUGGAAGUCAGCUGCCUGGAUGAAAGAGAGGUGUUCUGUUGGAGACAGCAAAAUCACAGGCGGAGAGGAGCUGUGGUUGGAGGCAGACUCGUCGUGCUCAGGCCAGCCCAUCCACCUGUGGCAGUUCCUCAGAGAGCUGCUCCUCAAACCCCACAACUACGGACGCUGCAUCCGCUGGCUCAACAAGGAGAAAGGUAUUUUCAAAAUCGAGGACUCUGCUCACGUGGCGAGACUCUGGGGACUGAGGAAGAACCGUCCAGCGAUGAACUACGACAAGCUGAGCCGCUCCAUACGGCAGUACUACAAGAAGGGCAUCAUCCGCAAGCCUGAUGUCUCCCAGAGACUGGUCUACCAGUUUGUCCACCCAGUAUGAGGGGACGGAGGAGGACAGAGGCCUCAAAAGAAAGGGCCACACGAUCACACCUUGCACUUGUACAUUACACCAACACCAAGCUGAAAAAGGGGUGAAACUAACAAGCAUGCACUGACCAACCCCUGUAAGUACACAUAGCCUUUGCCAGUCCUGAAGUGUCAGCAGCCAAAGCUGGCAAAUUAAGAUUUCGCUUUUUUUUUAUGCAGAGAAGAAACACGAGACUAAAAUGAAAGUGCUUUUUCUCUGGGUUGAUUCCUCCUAAAAACCACGAAACAACAAAAGAAGGAAAAAAAAUACCUUUCAACUGCCUUUUUCAUUUGCAUGAUCUGCCUGUCCUUUUUUCCUAUUAUAGAAUUUAAUCAAUAACCAGUAUCUUAAAACAACUCAAGACAACAUUUGAUUGUCAUCAAACUUAAGGAAGAGAAAUUCCCAUUGCCCACAGUUAUACCUUUAAUAUUCUGUACCUGCUGUGUCCCUGUCUGAAGGACGAAGAACAGGCUGCGUGUGUUUGUUUAUCAGAGCCUGUUCUCUUCCUUCCUCUGGGAAUGUGGUUAGGAGUUUUGCUUCACCUAUGGUUCAGCUGUCAUCCAGAGAGGCAAAAAGCUCAUUAUUUUUUUCAUUAAUCACAUGGCACACUUCGGAACUCUCCCGUAAGGCAUUUACAAUAGAGCUGUUCGCUGAACCUGAAUGAGAGUUCAGCAACAGCCCCCUCAUUAAAUAUAAACUCACAUAGUCAAAGUCUGUAACUGGCUGGUAAAAGCCGUUGGUUUUCCACCCUGCCAUAGAAAACACACCAGACCACUGUAUAUUACCACAUUAUAUUUCAUAUGUUUUGUACCUUUUGCUUGCGUCUAAUUGUAAUUGCAUUUUUUAUUUUAAAUGUAUCAAAAACUGUAUCCUACACCAUCUUCACCAUUGCAAUACAGGUUCAAUUCUUUAAAACAAGCAGCAUUACUAAUCUCAUAAUUGGUCAUUACCAAUUCUUUUGAAUUCUAUGAAGUAUACAAUAAAAAAUGUGGGUUCCUCAAGGUUUUUUUGGUAAGGGUGCUGGUUCUAUGUGGAACCAUAAUGACCCAAAGAACACUUUGAGCCCUUCAAUGGUUCUAAACAUGUAAAUGUAGUGGCAGCAGCUCAUUAAAAUAUUCUGGG